GACUGGAUGAUACAGUUUCCAUAGCGUCUCGUAGUAGAGAGGUUUCUGGGUUCAGAGGAGGUGGUGGAGGGCCUGCUUAUGGCCCCCCACCAUCACUUCAUGCGCGUGAAGGACGUUAUGAGCGGAGACUUGAUGGGUAAGUUCCAAGGUUUCUGUAGGCAGGUAUUUUGUAUUUGAUAUGGUGAGCAGCAGAACUCAUAUUUAGGGGCCCUAGAUGGAUUUAAAGUUUUGGGCAUUCUCAGUGUUUCCUGUUUUGGGUUGGAAACGAAGUGAUUUCUGCCCCAGUGGCUGGUAUCUGAUGGAAUCGUGGAGGAUAUUUCCCGAAGCGUGUUGGAUACCUCCUCCUGAGCUACAAAGUGGAGGGCUUCUGUGUGGCAGUGGCGGUUCUGGAGUUACCUGUCUUCCAGAAUGAAUUCCUCCAGCUAUUGGAUAUUGUUCAGGCCUUCCUUGGAUUAUCCCUUGUACCUGAUGGAGUUAUUUGGCUACAAAGUUGGUGGAUAUACGAUAUGGAAUAUUUCUGGAAUAUUAGUGUCUACACAUUUCUUUUAGAAGUUUUCACUCCAGAUGUACAAACAGUGGGAUUGUCACCAGAAAAAGCCGAACAGACUGUAAGAAUUCAGCCGCUUGGGUUCUAUAACCAAUACCUGGAUCUGGGAAUGUUCACUUGGAUGAAGAGGAGUGAAGGCAGUGCUUGAAUCUCCCACUUUGGAUCUACAUACUUUCCAUGUUGGGAUUAUACUUCAUGAUGGAAUUGGGAAAAAUCAAGGUGUUGGACAUUCCUAAGUCCUGGAAUAUUACCAGUCUUUCCUAAUUGCGGAGUGUAUGGGAUGCCAUGCAGCCGAGAGUCUAAUAGCCAAGGGGAGAGGAUUACUACCUUGUCUUCUAAGCAUGUUGCUGUCCAGCUUAAAGUACUUUUAGCGUUGAACAUCUCCAUGGUUGUGGUGGUUAUCAGUUGUGGAUACAGCAAUAAAAAGUGACUGCUGGAUCGCUGCAAAAGUGAACUCUUGGCGAACAGCUGUGCCUUCCUCACCUGGUGGAAUCCUAGAGGAAAUUUCCUCUUUUGUCAGCUGCCUGUUUGACACUUAGGGCCGGAAUUUUUUUUAUGAAUGUGGAUAAAUUUAUACUUGCCUACUAUCUCAAGAAAGAAGUCUGGGGGUUUGAGAGUUACAAUUUGUCUGGGACUACUUGCUUCCUGUGGAAUUAUUUUAUCUGGUCACUAAGAUUUUUUUUUUUCUUACGGUUCAUCCAAAUAUCAUUUGACACCCUUGCCCAUUAAGAAGGUGGAUUACCCCCAUAAGAGGGGCCAAAAAUUGGGGAAGUUAUAUUCACAAUUCUCUCCCUAGAUUUAAUUGGGAUUAUAGGUCGUGUUUCCACACUUGGAAAAGGGCUUCAGAUAACAGGGAGCGUGCUUAUGAACAUAGUGCCUAUGGACACCAUGAACGGGGUACGGGAGGAUUUGAUCGGACAAGACAUUACGAUCAGGAUUACUACAGAGAUCCUCGAGAGCGGACUUUACAGCAUGGGCUCUAUUACGCUUCUCGGAGUCGAAGUCCAAACCGUUUUGAAGCUCACGACCCCCGAUAUGAACCUAGGGCUCGGGAGCAGUUCACACUGCCCAGUGUGGUACACAGGGACAUCUACAGGGACGAGAUUACCCGGGAGGUGCGAGGGCGAAGGCCAGAGCGGAAUUACCAGCACAGCAGGAGUCGGUCACCACACUCGUCCCAGUCUCGGAACCAGUCUCCUCAGAGACUGGCGAGCCAGGCCUCCAGACCUACCAGGUCCCCUAGCGGCAGCGGCUCAAGGAGCAGAUCCUCCAGCAGUGACUCGGUCAGCAGCAGCAGCAGCACCAGCAGCGACAGCAGCGAGUCCAGCAGUAGCUCAAGUGACGACUCCCCAGCCCGAUCAGUUCAGUCGGCAGCAGUCCCGGCACCUACUUCCCAGUUGCUUUCAUCUCUGGAAAAAGAUGAGCCUCGUAAAAGUUUUGGGAUCAAGGUCCAGAAUCUUCCAGUGCGCUCCACAGAUACAAGCCUUAAAGAUGGCCUUUUCCAUGAAUUUAAGAAAUUUGGAAAGGUGACUUCAGUGCAGAUUCAUGGAGCUUCAGAAGAGAGAUAUGGUCUGGUAUUCUUUCGUCAGCAAGAGGACCAAGAAAAAGCAUUGACUGCUUCAAAAGGAAAACUUUUCUUUGGUAUGCAGAUUGAAGUGACAGCGUGGAUAGGGCCAGAAACAGAAAGUGAAAAUGAAUUUCGCCCUCUGGAUGAAAGGAUGGAUGAAUUCCACCCCAAAGCGACAAGGACCCUCUUCAUAGGCAACCUGGAAAAGACCACUACGUACCAUGACCUGCGCAAUACCUUCCAGCGCUUCGGAGAAAUUGUGGAUAUUGAUAUUAAGAAAGUAAAUGGUGUCCCUCAAUAUGCAUUCUUGCAAUACUGUGAUAUCGCCAGCGUUUGUAAGGCUAUUAAGAAGAUGGAUGGAGAGUAUCUUGGGAACAAUCGCCUCAAGCUGGGCUUCGGGAAGAGCAUGCCCACAAACUGCGUGUGGCUAGAUGGGCUUUCUGCAAGCGUGUCAGACCAGUACUUAACACGACAUUUCUGCCGAUACGGGCCGGUGCUGAAGGUGGUAUUUGAUCGUUUAAAAGGCAUGGCCCUGGUUCUCUACAAUGAAAUUGAAUAUGCACAGGCGGCUGUCAAAGAGACCAAGGGGAGGAAAAUUGGUGGAAAUAAAGUCAAGGUGGAUUUUGCAAACCGGGAAAGUCAGUUGGCUUUUUACCACUGUAUGGAAAAAUCCGGUCAAGAUAUCAGAGACUUCUAUGAAAUGUUAGCAGAAAGAAGAGAAGAACGGAGGGGAUCUUAUGACUAUAGCCAAGAUCGUCCCUAUUAUGAGAAUGUUCGCACACCAGGCACAUAUCCUGAGGAUGCCAGGCGGGACUAUCCAGCUCGAGGGAGAGAAUUUUAUUCCGAGUGGGAAACUUACCAAGGGGACUACUAUGAAUCACGAUAUUACGAGGAUCCUCGGGAAUACAGGGAUUACAGGAAUGAUCCUUAUGAACAAGAUAUUCGGGAAUACAGCUACAGGCAAAGGGAACGAGAACGGGAACGCGAAAGAUUUGAGCCUGAGCGGGACAGAGACCACGAGAGGCGGCCAAUUGAGCGCAGUCAGAGUCCGGUGCAUUUGCGCCGCCCGCAGAGCCCCGGAGCCUCCCCCUCCCAGUCAGAGAGAUUGCCCAGUGAUUCUGAGAGGAGACUUUACAGCCGGUCCUCUGACCGCAGCGGCAGUUGUAGCUCCCUUUCCCCACCAAGAUACGAGAAGCCCGAGAAGUCCCGUUUGGAACGCUAUACAAAGAAUGAAAAGACAGAUAAAGAGCGCACCUUUGAUCCCGAGAGAGUCGAAAGAGAGAGACGCUUAAUAAGGAAGGAAAAGGACAAAACUGACAAGCAGAAACGAAAAGGGAAAGUUCUUUCUCCCAGUUCUCAGUCUUCAGAAACUGAUCAAGAAAUUGAAAGAGAACCGAGUCCUGAAAAACCAAGGAGUUCUAAUAAACUGAACAGAGGAGAAAAAGCCGAUAAAGAAGGAGCAGCAAGAAAUCGCCUGGACCUCAUGCCUUGUGUGGUGUUGACUCGAGUGAAAGAAAAGGAGGGGAAACUUAUUGACCAUGCUCCCGUGGAAAAGCUGAAAGCCAGACUGGAUAGCGACACUGCCAAGCCUUCUGCUUUAGACCAGAAACUUCAGAGCUCUCAGGCUGAACCUGCUAAAUCCGAUCUGUCCAAGCUAGAAUGUGUGCGGCUGAAAGCGGCAAAGGAAAAAGGCCUGUCAGGCCACGUAGAAACAACGGUAGACAAGGAGGGUAGACUGAAGCCCAGGAAGCACCUGAAACCUGAGCAGGCUGCUGAGGGAGCAAGUGCUGUGGAUCUGGAGAAGCUGGAAGCAAGGAAAAGGCGUUUUGCAGAUUCCAGUUUAAAAGAACGGCAGAAAGCAGAAGUCAAGAAAAGUAGUCCAGAGAUGGAGGAUGCACGGGCGCUUUUCAAAAAGCAGCCCGACAUGCCGCCCAGAGAGGCCAUCCUGCUGAGGGAAGGCGAGUCUGAGAAAAAGCCCGUGAGGAAAGAGAUUCUUAAAAGAGAAUCUAAAAAAGUCAAACUAGACAGACUGAAUGCGGUUUCCAGCCCCAAAGACUGUCAGGAGCUUGCCAGUGUUUCUGGUGGGACUGGCUCAAGGCCCAACACAGACCUUCAAGGGAGGCUGGGAGAAUCAGCAGGUGAAUCUGUGGAAAAUCAAGAAACCCAAUCGAAAAAACCUGUUUCGGCCAAACCACAGCCUAAGCAGCUGCAGCUAUUAGAUGAUCAAGGGCCAGAGAAAGAAGAGACCAGGAAAAACCACUGCAGCGUCCGUGAUGAGACACUGGAAGGCAAAUCAGCCCAGGAGAAAACACAUUCAGCAAACACCGAAGAAAAAAUUGGCAUCGAUAUUGAUCACACACAGAGUUACCGAAAACAAAUGGAGCAGAGUCGUCGAAAACAGCAGAUGGAGAUGGAAAUAGCCAAGUCUGAGAAGUUUGGCAGUCCCAAAAAAGACAUAGAUGACUACGAAAGACGUAGUCUUGUUCAUGAGGUGGGCAAGCCCCCUCAAGACGUCACCGAUGACUCUCCUCCCAGCAAGAAGAGAAGAGCGGACCACGUUGACUUUGAUGCCUGUACCAAGAGAGAGAGGAAUUACAGAAGUUCACGCCAAAUUAGUGAAGAUUCUGAGAGGACUGGUGCUUCUCCCAGUGUCCGACAUGGAUCUUUCCAUGAAGAUGAUGAGCCCAUAAGCUCUCCUAGGCUAAUUCCAGUCAAAGAACCGCCUAAGGUAGACGAUAAAGGUCUUCUCCCCUAUUCCCACCUGACCGUCAGAGAAGACUCUUUAAAAUUUAAUCCUUAUGAUUCCAGCAGGAGAGAGCAGAUGGCAGACAUGGCUAAAAUCAAGCUGUCUGUCAUGAGUUCUGAAGACGAGCUGAGUCGGUGGGACUCGCAACUGAGACAGGAUGCCGGCAGACUGGACGUGAGUUUCCCCAACAGCAUAAUUAAGAGAGACAGCCUUCGGAAGAGGUCUGUGCGUGAUCUUGAGCCCGGGGAGGUGCCUUCGGAUUCUGACGAAGAUGGGGAGCACAAAUCCCACUCGCCCAGAGCCUCUGUGCUCUGUGCAAACUCGCGCUUGUCUUUUUUAUUGAGGGACAGGGAGGACAAGCUGCGCGAGCGAGAUGAGAGGCUCUCCAGCUCUUUAGAAAGGAACAAAUUUUAUUCUUUUGCGCUGGAUAAGACAAUCACACCAGACACUAAAGCCUUGCUCGAACGAGCGAAAUCCCUCUCUUCCUCUCGAGAAGAAAAUUGGUCUUUCCUUGACUGGGACUCCCGAUUUGCUAAUUUCCGGAACAACAAGGAUAAAGAAAAAGUGGACUCUGCGCCGAGACCCAUUCCGUCCUGGUACAUGAAAAAGAAGAAGAUCCGGACUGAUUCAGAAGGCAAGAUGGACGAUAAAAAGGAUGACCACAAAGAAGAAGAACAAGAACGGCAAGAAUUAUUUGCUUCCCGUUUUUUACACAGCUCCAUCUUUGAACAGGACUCCAAGCGGCUGCAGCACCUAGAGAGAAAAGACGAGGACUCUGCCUUUGUGUCUGGGAGGCUCUACGGCAGGGGGCUGUGCGACGGGCUGAGCGGCGCCGCCGAGUCGCCUCAAGAGCCCGUCGUCCUCUUUCAUAGCAGAUUCGUGGAACUCACACGGAUGCAGCAGAAAGAGAAGGAAAAAGACCCCAAACCCAGAGUCGCUGACAAGCCCGAAGACACAACAGAGGCGCAUGCUAAGACCCGAGAGUCUACUUCUGAGAGGAAAGAAGCGGAACUGAAAACUCCGCCUUCAGCUGGGCCUCCUGCCACCACCGUCGCGACUCCAGAGUCGUCGUCGUCGUCGUCGUCACAAGAGAAAACUGCAGUUUGUGAAAAGACGGGAGAGGUGCCUUCCGUGAUGACAGACGAGAAGAGAGCGGAGCCGGCUUCCACCUCAGAAACAGGGAGGCAGGCGUCUGAGCCGACUGCCGGCACCGCAGAGACGCCACCCGACCGCGCCGGCUCGGCCUCCAGAGCGGACGCCAGUCGAAGUCGGGACGCCGUGGGGACCGCGCGAGCUGUGGAGGAGAGCCCGCCGGCCGGGCGGCUGCCCUCUCUCGACGCCAGGCCGCCGACCCCAGGGGCCUCGUUUGCCCGAGCCGAGGCCGGCGCCGACCCCGAGCCUGCGCGCGCCCGGCCACUCUCGCUCUCGCUCUCAAAAGCCGCUCCGGGGUCGGAAGAGGUGCUCGGGUCCGAGGAGGAGCCCGAGGCGGGGAAGCCGGAGCCGGCCGCUCGCGGCGAGCUGAGCGCGCACCAGAGAGCCGAAGCGGCGCCCGAGAGCUCGCCCCCGGCUCCCGAAGACGCGGAGGUCGCUCCUCCGGGGGGCGCGGCGAAGGACAAGGACGGCCGGGCCAGCAAAGGCAGGCGCUCCAGGACGGCCGCCGAGAAGCCCGUCACGCGCAAGAGCGAGAGGAUCGACCGCGAGAAGCUGAAGCGGUGUGGCUCUCCGCGUGGAGAAGCGCAGAAGCUCCUCGAGUUCAAGCCGGAGCCCGAGAAGCCGGCGAGGACGGCCACCUCUAAGCCCCCGGCCGCCGAGCCCGAGCCGCCCGAGCCCAGCCUGCCCCUCGGCAGGACCAGGCGCCGCAACGUGAGGAGCGUCUACGCCACCGCCACCGCCACCACCACCGCGGGCGACCGCGACCACCGCUCCCCCGCCAGGGAGCCCGCCGCCGAGCAGCCGCGGCUGACCAGGAAGAGGCUCGAACGGGAGCUCCAGGAGGCCGCGGCCGCUCCCGCCACCCCGCGCCGGGGCAGGCCCCCCAAAACGCGGCGGCGGGCCGAGGAGGACGACGAGACGGAGACUAGAGAAGCCGGCGAGCCCCUCAGGCCCGCCGAGGGCUGGAGAUCCCCCCGAGCUCAGAGAUCGGCCGCCGGGGCCCCGCCGGGGAAAAGGGGGCGGAGCGAACCGAGAGCGGACGCCGAGCGACCCGAGGCUGCCGCCGCCGCCGCCCAGGCGAAGGAGACCCCGAAACCCAAGGCCGACAGGGACGCGGCGGCCGCCGGACCGAAACGGGCCGGGAAAGAAGUCGAAGUCGGCGCCGCGUCCGGCGGAGCGGCCCCCGAGGCCCUCGAGGCCUCCGCGGCCCCCGACAAGAGCUGCAGGGCGAAGAGGGGCCGGGCUCGGCACGCCAGGCCGACGGUGGACAGGGCCGCGAACCCCAGGAGCGCGGACGGCCCGGGCAGUCCGGAGACGAGCGAGGGCACCCCCGGACGGGGACGGGCACAGGCACAGGGACAGGGCGGCCCGCCGUCGCAGCCGGGCCCGGACCCGGGCGAGGGCGAGGGCGAGGGCUUGGAGGCGGCAGCUGGGUGUCCCGGAGCCAGGCCGUCGUCGGCAGCCGCGGGCCAGCCGGCCGGGCGGACGGAGCUGGAGCUGCAGCGCGCCGUGGAGAACAUCGAGAGGCUCGCGUUCAGGGCGGCGGCCGCGGGGCCCCCGGAGGAGCUCGGCCCGCGGGGCGGGGACAGGCCCGCACCCCAGGCCAGCGAGACGGAACUGGCCGCGGCCAUAGGCUCCAUCACGAACGACGACGUCUCCGGAGAGCCCGAGCCCUUCCUGGCACCCCCACCGUCCGCGGCCGGACCUGGGACGGACGCCCGGCUGCUGCGGCCCCCCGGGGGAGGAAUGGGGCCCGAGGCCGGUGAGGCCGAGUCCGGGAUCGCGGAGGCCCAGGCGGCUGCGGGCUCUGUGGGGUCUGCGGGGCCGGCGGCCAGCGCUCCCGACGCUCCGACCAAGGGGGUCGGAGGGGGUGGCAGGGACGCGGACAGGGAUGGGGACCGGGACGGGGACGCGGCCCUCGAGAUCCCGGAGGCCAGGGCACCGAAGGGAGCCGAGGCUCCUCUCCCCCGGAGAGACAGAGGGCGCCAGAAACCUCGGGCUCGCCGCAAGCGCAAUGCCGGCAAGAGGGUGGCGGCCCCCGCGGGAGCUGGCUCGGACCCCCGCGCCCCCCAGGCCCCCGCGGCCGACCCACUCCAGAGGGAGGACGACCCCCCGGCGGCCGAGGCAGCUCCAGGGCGGCCCCCGGAGGCCCCCCCGGAAGACGGGCACAGGGAGGAGCCCCCGCCGCCGCCGCCUCUCGGGUCUGGUGCCGCCACCCCAGCCGGGACCCCGUCCGCCGAGAGCGAGUCCCCAGAAAGCUGCGCUGGAGGGGAGACCCCGACCAGAGCGCCCACGCCCCCUGGCCUGCCGCCGCCCUCACAGCCACCACCGGCCGAGGACGACGACGAGGAGGAGGACGAGGAAGACGAGGACGAGGAGGAGGACGAGGACGAGGCGGCCCCCGCCAGGUGUCAAGUGCACUCCAUCAUCGAAAGUGACCCGGUCACCCCGCCCAGCGACUCGAGCACACCCACCCCCGCCAUCCCUUCGGUGACUGCGGCGAAGCUCCCGCCCCCUGUCCCCGCCGGAGGGGUCCCCCACCAGAGUCCCCCGACUAAAGUGACGGAAUGGAUCGCGAGGCCGGAGGAGCCCCGGGCUCAGUCCACUCCGUCCCCGGCUCUCCCUCCUGACACAAAAGCCUCUGACCUCGACCCCAGCUCCAGUACCCUGAGGAAGAUCCUCACGGACCCCAAGUACGCGUCUGCCACGGGCAGCACAUCCACAAGCGUCACAGCCGCCAUCGCAGAGCCCGUCAGUGCCACCCCUGCUCUGCAGGAGGCGCCGGCCCUCUCGGUUGAGCCCACCAACCCCCUCUCAGAAGGAAAAUCCACCCCGGUAGCAAACACCUCUGACGCACAGGCCGCAGAGGUCCCGGCUGUCAGUGACAAAGAAAAGGUGACUCCGGUCAUCGCUCCCAAAAUCACUUCUGUCAUCAGUCGGAUGCCUGUCAGUAUCGAUCUGGAGAAUUCACAGAAGAUAACUCUGGCCAAACCCCCCCCUCAGACCCUGACUGGCCUAGUGAGCGCCUUGACGGGCCUGGUGAACGUCUCCCUGGUCCCGGUGAACGCCCUGAAAGGCCCCGUGAAGGGGCCCGUGGCCACGCUGAAAGGCCUGGUGAACACGCCCGCCGGCCCCGUGAAUGUCCUCAAGGGGCCCGUGAAUGUUCUGACCGGGCCGGUGAACGUCCUCACCGCCCCCGUGAGCGCCACCGUGGGCACCGUCAACGCGGCCACCGGGGUGGUGAACUCGGCCCCGGGCGGUGCGGUGACGGCCGUGUCUGCCGCCGCGACGCCGGCCACAGGCGCGGCCACGGCGCCCCCGCCUGCCAAGUGCAAGCCGCGAUCGGGCGCCGGCGAGAACAGCCGCUUCCACCCGGGCUCCAUGGCCGUCCUCGACGACCGGCCGGCAGACGCGGGCCCCGGCGCCGGGCUGCGCGUGAACACUUCGGAAGGGGUCGUGCUCCUGAGCUACUCGGGCCAGAAGACCGAAGGGCCGCAGCGCAUCAGCGCCAAGAUCAGCCAGAUCCCCCCCGCCAGCGCCAUGGACAUCGAGUUCCAGCAGUCUGUGUCCAAGUCCCAGGUCAAAGGGGACGCCGCCGCGCCCGCGCCCGCACCCGCGCCCAAAGGCACGCAGACCGCCGGCUACGCCAACGUGGCCACUCACUCCACCCUGGUGCUGACCGCCCAGACCUACAACGCGUCUCCCGUGAUCUCGUCCGUGAAGGCCGACCGUCCCGCCCUGGACAAGCCCGAGCCCAUCCACCUGUCGGUGUCCACACCUGUCACCCAGGGGGGCACGGUGAAGGUGCUCACGCAGGGCAUCAACACGCCCCCCGUCCUGGUCCACAACCAGCUGGUCCUCACCCCGAGCAUAGUCACCACCAACAAGAAGCUCGCCGACCCCGUCACCCUCAAAAUCGAGACCAAGGUCCUCCAGCCGGCCAACCUGGGCUCCGCGCUCGCGCCCCACCACCCGCCCGCGCUGCCCAGCAAGCUGCCCGCAGAGGUGAACCACGUCGCCCCGGGCCCCGGCACCCCCGCGGAUCGAACCGUCUCCCACCUGGCGCUCCCCAAGCCGGACGCCCAUCCCCCCCGGCCCGGCGGCCCCACGACGCCCUCCUUCCCCAGGGCGUGCCACCCCAGCGGCACCGCGUCCGCCGCCCUGUCCACCAACGCCACGGUCAUGCUGGCGGCCGGCAUCCCCGUGCCCCAGUUCAUCUCCGGCCUCCACCCCGAGCAGUCCGUCAUCAUGCCUCCCCCCAGCAUCACGCAGACCGUGUCCCUGAGCCACCUGUCCCAGGGCGAGGUGCGGAUGAACGCCCCCGCGCUGCCCAGCAUCACCUACAGCAUCCGGCCCGACACGCUGCAGGCCCCUCGCGCCCCGCCGCAGCCGCAGGCCUCGCAGAUCGAGGUCCGGGCCCCGCAGCCCACCGCCCCCGGCGUCCCCGCGCUGGCCCCCCAGCACCCGCCGGAGGAGGAGGUGCGCUAUCACCUGCCCGUGGCCCGGGCCACGGCGCCGGUGCAGUCGGAGGUGCUGGUCAUGCAGUCCGAGUACCGGCUGCACCCCUACACGGUGCCCCGGGACGUGAGGAUCAUGGUGCACCCCCACGUGCCGGCGGCCGACGGGGUGGCAGUGGCGGCGGCGGGGAAGGCCGCCCCGACCAGCAAGGCCCCCCAGCAGCCGGCGAAGGAGGCGCCCAAGACGGCGGACGCCAAGGCGGCUCCUGGCCCCGGCCCGGCCCCGCACGGCGAGGCCCGCAUCCUCGCCGUCACCCCCGGCAGCCAGCUCCAGGGACUGCCUCUGAGCCCGCCCGUCGUGGUGACCCACGGGGUGCAGAUCGUGCACUCGAGCGGGGAGCUCUUCCAGGAGUACCGGUACGGCGACCUCCGCACCUACCCCGGCCCGGCUCCGCUCACACACGCGCAGUUUCCCGCCGCCGCCGCCGCCUCCUCCUCCUCCUCCUCCUCGGCCUCCGCCACCGCCUCCUCCGCCGCCUCCUCCGGCCAUCCAUCCAGGACCAAGGCUGCCGCUCAGGGCUCCCCUCCCGAAGGGGAAACCUCGCAGCCCGCCCAGCCCGCCCAGCCGCCCCAGCCGCCCCAGCCGCCCGGCAGCAAGAUGCCUCCGGUGUCGCAGGAGGCAAAGGGGACACAGACAGUAGGGGAACAGCCUCGCCUGUCGGCCGUCCCCGCCAGCAGGCCCGCUGAAGCCCACGUCCAGGUUCAGAGGCCGCAGGCGGACGCGGGCCAGCCCUCCUACCCAUCCCCCGUGUCCGUGUCCGUCUCCGUGAAGCCCGACCCCCCGGCUCCCCUCCCCGCUCAGGCCGCCCCAAAGCAGCCGCUGUUCGCCCCCGCCGCCUCGGGCCCCGGCACCCCUCCGGGCAUGGCUCUGCAGCACGUGGAAGCGCCGCCUGCCCCGCAACAGGAUCCCCCCGCACACCCGGCUCCCCAGAGGCCCGUGGAUAUGGUCCAGCUCCUGAAGAAGUACCCCAUCGUGUGGCAGGGCCUGCUGGCUCUGAAGAACGACACGGCUGCCGUGCAGCUCCACUUCGUGUCCGGCAACAACGUGCUGGCGCACCGCUCGCUGCCCCUCUCGGAGGGAGGCCCGCCCCUGAGGAUCGCGCAGCGCAUGCGGCUGGAGGCCUCGCAGCUAGACGGGGUGGCGCGCAGGAUGACGGUGGAGAGCGACUACUGUCUGCUCCUCGCCCUGCCCUGCGGCCGCGACCAAGAGGAUGUGGUGAGCCAGACCGAGUCCCUCAAGGCCGCCUUCAUCACCUAUCUGCAGGCCAAGCAGGCGGCAGGGAUCAUCAACGUCCCCAACCCGGGCUCCAAUCAGCCUGCCUACGUGCUGCAGAUCUUCCCGCCCUGCGACUUCUCCGAGAGCCACCUGUCCCGACUGGCCCCUGACCUCCUCGCCAGCGUCUCCAACAUCUCUCCCCACCUCAUGAUCGUCAUCGCCUCUGUGUGAGCCGCGCCACGUCCUCACUCGGGGUCUUCUCCUGGGGCCCUGCGGCAAAGCUGGACCGGGACGGCCCAGCCGUGUGGAGGAAGAAGCUGCCGAAGGGGACAGACUCCACUGCCAGGCGGCCAGCCUUGCCCUCCUGCCCGCUCGGUCAGACGGACCCCUCUGGGCAGUGGUGCUGCUAUUCGUAUGUUUACAUGACGGCCCAAGGACAGACCGCCAACAGAUGGACUCGAACACACCUUGGCGCCGGGUUUCACUCUCCUCUUUUUGGAGAAGAGGAGCAGGGCAGUGGAAUUAACUUUGUUUGUUUGUUUGUUUUUUUAAGAAACAAGAAAACAGAACUGCCUUUGCACUAAAUUAGUGACUUGGACUUUUGCACAGUGAAGACAGGCUGCGACACUCUGGGUGUCUUGGUGUGAACACACAUCAUAAGACUCGAACCAGGACUUUAAACUUCUGCUGAAACCAUGGGGUCAAGGAACAUUUCAUUGGAUAAUUUCGCUCCCGCCGCACCCCGCCCUCGCUCCUCUGAAAUGUCACCUCUUAACUCUCUCUUUCCGCCACUGUCUUUGAUUCACCUGGGAUGUAGAGUUUACAGUCGACAAAGAGCAAGCAAGGAUUUCCCUUCCAGGGGGUAUGCAGAACUUGGGAUGUGUGUAGAUAAUAAAUAAUAAUAAUAAUAUAUAUAAAUAUAUAUGAUACUGACUUAAAAAAUCAAAUGCCCCUGACAUACAUUUUUUUUAAUCUGUGCCAAAAAUGUGUUUUCAGAGAAAAAUCUUAUUUUCAUACUCAGACUUUGUAUUGUCACUCAUUUGUAUAAGUGCGCUUCGUUACAGCACGGGCCCCACUCCCACAAUUUGGAAGUGUCACACAACACAACACACAAGAAGACUGUACACAAAACGAAACAAAAACAGAAACCGGCUGAUCCUCUCCUCCUGUUACCUUGACCUCUUCCCCCAACUCCUAACACUUAUUAAUUUAUGAAACUGUUUUUCUCAGCGCAGUUGUUUUGUGUGUCCAUUGGAUUACAAACUUUAUUAAAAAAUACAAAACA